AUGAAGCGGUGCCCAUAUUCGCAGAAGAAGCUGUGCGCAUACUGGAAAGCCUCGGAUGGUGGCAUUGAACAUAUUAUUGCAUCAAGAGCUGCCGAUCUCCGGAACGACAAGUGGAAAUCAAGAGAAACGGUCACAUAUCACGAGUUCAGUUUCAGCUGUUUCCCUGCUUACAUAAAGAAGAUCACGAGGAUAAAUCUCGUGUUUUGUUUCUACUGGUCUGGUCAUCAGUCUAAUUCACACCAACGGAAAAACUCCGGUUCGAGUCAUUUAUUCAGCCGGAAGUUGCAUCUCAUUGUUGACAGGCACCGCCUUGUCUAGUCGUCUGUUCUUCAAAGUCGUAUUUUUUAAUCUAAUUAUGAUAGAAAUAGCUUUUUACUGGCAAACAACAUUUUUCGUUCUGCAUCUUCCAUUGAAAUGAGAGCUUGAAGAUGUUGGUUCUUGAAUAAA